UGUGUAUUUCGUAAUGAGAGUUUCUCGACUUCACACUUCACAGGAUUUUGAGCUCGACAGCAACCAGAAUAUCUGAAAGUUGUUACAUUCUCCGCAACAAUGUUUCUCCUGAGGCCUCAGUGUUUUCGAGUGUCUUCCAAUAUCUUGGAUAGAGCUGGAGUACAGAAGGGACUACAUUGCAUCCAGAGAAACUCUUGUUCCCGCUGCUUGCAGCAGCAGCAGAAGAGUGCAACAUGCAGAGUUGGGAGCCUGUCUUUAACAAGAGGAGGUCUUGUGCAGUUUCUUAAACCAAAGGUUCACAUGGUGUUGAAGCCAAGCCGAGUCCAGACCACGGUUGCUGCUACGGUUGCGAACACAAUCUCUCCCAGAGCAGAGAAGAUUGUCGGAGCAUGGCUGCUUGGAUGCUGUGGGAUGAUCGCUGGUACCGUCGUGCUCGGAGGCGUCACAAGGCUGACAGAGUCCGGCCUGUCCAUGACAGACUGGCAUCUCAUCAAAGGUAUGAGGCCUCCUACAACCCAGGAACAGUGGGAGGCGGAGUUUGAGAGGUACAAGCAGUUUCCAGAAUACAAGUACGUCCAUAAAGGGAUAACUCUUCAGCAGUUCAAGUUUAUCUGGACGAUGGAGUAUAGUCAUAGAAUGUGGGGUAGGGCUAUUGGUCUGGCGUUCUUCAUUCCGGCAGCAAUCUUCUGGAAGAAAGGGUGGAUCAGCAAGUCUCUCAAACCAAGAUUGGGCAUCUAUGGCUCCCUUCUAGUCUUUCAGGGUUUGUUGGGUUGGUUUAUGGUGAAGAGUGGUCUAGAAGAACCAGCCAAGCAUGACAUUCCACGGGUCAGUCAGUAUCGCCUAGCUGCCCAUCUUGGUUCUGCUUUCGUCCUCUACUCCUUGAUGCUCUGGGGAGGUCUCUCUCAGAUUCUCAAACCCCUCACGAUAGCUAACAGCAAGAACCUGUCGCUACUAAGAAAGUGUGCUCAUGGUUCGAUGGCUAUUAUUUUUACUACAGCGAUGUCAGGUGCCUUCGUAGCAGGCUUGGAUGCAGGUCUGGUCUAUAAUUCCUUCCCCAAGAUGGCAGACAAGUGGAUUCCUGAAGACAUCAUGGCUCUUGAUCCCAAAUACAAGAAUGUCUUUGAGAAUCCCACAACAGUCCAGUUUGACCACAGAAUCUUGGGCACAACGACUGGAGCGACGGUAGCAGGUCUGUGGUUAUUAGCACGGCGGGUACCAUUACCAAGCAGAGCUAGGUUAGCAGUCAACUGCAUGGUGGGAAUGGUUGGUGUUCAGAUCACACUUGGAAUCUGUACUCUUCUCUACUUCGUACCGACCAGUCUUGCAGCAGCUCACCAGUCUGGUUCACUCACACUCCUAUCUUUAGCCCUCUGGUUUGCUCACGAGUUACGCAGGAUUCCAAAAUGAACAUAACUGAAGCUCACUUUCAUUCAGAUCACACUUAGAAGUUCUACUCCUUUCCUGUAUGUACCGACCAGUCUUUCGGCAGUUGACCAGGCUGCUUCACUCACACUCCUAUCCUUUGCUCAUAAACUUCACAAGAUUCCAAAAUGAAUAUGGCAUAAAUCGCCGUGCUCAGGUUUCAAGUGGUUUAUACCCUUCCUUGCCUUAGCAGCAAAUUACACCUAUGGAUUUUAGGUAUUGAACAAUGAGUCAAGACUUUAAAAUGGCUUUGUGUUUCCUCCUGAAACAGACAUAUAUGUAUGAUGUAGGUAUCAUCAUUGUAAAGUUUAUUCCCAUGGAAUAUAAUAUAUAUCAUUAUCAAUAUUUAGCAUGGGGUGUUACCUGUGCCUAUGCAGGUAAAGUGAACUGAAUCACUGUAACCCUUGGGUCUCUCCUUCUGGUAUAACUGAUUGGGAUGUGCGGGUGGAUCACUACACCGGGGUUAUGCCCUACUCUUAUACAAAUAGUUGCAUCAUACCCAAUUAAACAAUGAAGCUAGCGUUAUGCUCACUUGUAACUCACUUGAUCCAGGAUUAUUCAGUUUUUAGACUGUUGUUCCUAUCCAUGGUUUCCUUUGGUUGGGGUUGUCAUCAUAUUUAUCUGGGGCAUAUUUCCACCAGUUCUCAAGCCCAGAUUUGAAACAAUUGAUAGUGGUACUCUCCACAACAUCGCCUAUCAAAUGUUAAAACUUGAACGUUCAUUUAUGACAACUUUUUUUUUUUUAAACGUGGCGUUAAGAAAAUUUAUUUGUUAUCUUUUCACACCCUCCCCCCACCUUCUUUUCAUCUGUGAAGGCAAAGUUGCUAUCCAAGGAUCCUGUUAAAUCACCAUUUUGGAAGUUGCGAUUGUCUCUCUUGACUUGACACAGGUUUGCAAGUGAGCCUAUCCACAAGGGUAUAAAAUAUGACAGUGGACUGUAACUUCAUCCAAAUCUGUGAAUUCACAAUUCGUUUUCACAUGUCUGUAAUACUAGUAUAGACUACCCAAAUGAGAGAAAUGCUAAAAUUGCUUUAUUUUACUUUUGCACUUUUUAAGAACAUACAAGGAUCUUAAUAUUUUCCAGCACAGAUUUCCUACAGAAUGUUUGAAACAGGAGGGGAUUCUUUGCUAUAUUUAUUUUAUGGGGCCUUUUGAGUUAAAGGUAAAGAUCAGUUUUGGAAACGCCCCCCUCUCAAAAAAUGAAAUGGAAGUUCUUAUAUCCAAUCAUGUGAAAGAAUAUGUUUUGACUAAUA